ACUCGUACACUAAGAAACACAGGAACAAAAACAAAUUCACAAACCCUCAAGGGUUUCUUCUUCCUCAAUACCUCAAACCAAACUUCACAGAAAUAAUCAUAAUCUCAUCAAGAUUAUCACAUUUUACUUACUAUGGGUAGAACUACCGCUAUGGAGAAAACUGAGGAGGAGCUUAAGCGAGAGAUCGAUGAACUCCAUCGCCAACAGCGUCAGAUUACUGACCGGUUGCGUGAUCCUCGGGGACUCCGGAGAGGUGGUGGGUUGGGUGGUUCUGGUCCAAGGAAUUUCGCUGCUAAUGGAGCUCGACAGCGAGGAUUUUUUCGACCUGCUGAUAGAAAUGAUACAGAAGAUCAACCACUGACAAAACGGAGGCUUUUGUCUGCUGUUGUAAAGUUGGAGGAUGGAGAGAUUGUUGAAGAUUACGCAGCGCCAAAGGAUUUGAAGAAGGAAUCAGCUGAGGAGGAGAAUGUUGGGGAUCAAAGUGAUGGAAAGCCAUUAAAUCUGCAACCUAGUAGUUGGUCCAGGAGGGAUGAUUAUGGAUAUCAGAGAGCAGGAAAAAGGGAGAUUCAACAUCCGGUGAUAGAGCAUGUGCCUAGGGUUCUGCCAAAGAAUGAGGAUCCAAGCUUGGUUAGCCGAAAUAAGAGAAUGCUGGGGCAACUUUUAGGUACUUUAGAGAAAUUUAGGAAAGAAGAUGUGAAGCUUUCAGAAACAGAGGCAUAUAAACAAAGGUCAAAUGCGUUGCAAAGAGCUGAGCAAAGAGCACAGGAGGAAAGUGAAAGGUUGAGGCAGCAAGAACGUGAACAAAUUGCAGAAAAGAGGAGGCGAGACUUGACUCUUAGAGCACGUGUUGCUGCCAAAACAGAAGAAAAGAAGUUGGAAUUGCUGUUUCUUCGGUGGAGUGAGCACCAUAAAAAACUUUGCAAUUUUAUAAGGACUAAGGCAGAGCCUCCAAUUUAUUACCUGCCUAAAAAACCAUUAGAGGAGGAUGCUAGUCAGCUUGAGCAGCGCAAAGAACAGGAAUUUUUAGACUGGAAGGCUCAUAGGAGAGAAGAACUCUCCGAGUAUCAGAAACAACUUGCAGAGCAGUAUCUUGGCAAUGUUGAAAUUGAAUUAGAGAGAUGGCAAAAUGUAAGAAAAGCGAGGAGACCAAACAAUGAUGCCAAUUUACAGGAAACAAUGGACAAAGAAUUGGAAACCCAUAGGCUUGAGCAUGGUCCUAAGACUAGAAAAAUUCCUGGUGGAAGCAACAAUGAAGAAGAAGACGACGUGGAAGAUAUCAAUGUGGGAGAGGAUGAUUUGAUGGACGAUGUGCUGGAAGCUGACGAUAGUGGAAGAAGAGGCGAUGAAGCAGCCAAGCCAGAAGCUGGUGGAACUAGUCCGCAACCUGAUAACCAUAGGCUUGAGCAUGGUCCUAAGACUAGAAAAAUUCCUGGUGGAAGCAACAAUGAAGAAGAAGACGACGUGGAAGAUAUCAAUGUGGGAGAGGAUGAUUUGAUGGAUGAUGUGCUGGAAGCUGACGAUAGUGGAAGAAGAGGCGAUGAAGCAGCCAAGCCAGAAGCUGGUGGAACUAGUCCGCAACCUGAUAACCAUAGGCUUGAGCAUGGUCCUAAGACUAGAAAAAUUCCUGGUGGAAGCAACAAUGAAGAAGAAGACGACGUGGAAGAUAUCAAUGUGGGAGAGGAUGAUUUGAUGGAUGAUGUGCUGGAAGCUGACGAUAGUGGAAGAAGAGGCGAUGAAGCAGCCAAGCCAGAAGCUGGUGGAACUAGUCCGCAACCUGAUAACCAUAGGCUUGAGCAUGGUCCUAAGACUAGAAAAAUUCCUGGUGGAAGCAACAAUGAAGAAGAAGACGACGUGGAAGAUAUCAAUGUGGGAGAGGAUGAUUUGAUGGACGAUGUGCUGGAAGCUGACGAUAGUGGAAGAAGAGGCGAUGAAGCAGCCAAGCCAGAAGCUGGUGGAACUAGUCCGCAACCUGAUAAGUUCCAUAGGCUUGAGCAUGGUCCUAAGACUAGAAAAAUUCCUGGUGGAAGCAACAAUGAAGAAGAAGACUACGUGGAAGAUAUCAAUGUGGGAGAGGAUGAUUUGAUGGAUGAUGUGCUGGAAGCUGACGAUAGUGGAAGAAGAGGCGAUGAAGCAGCCAAGCCAGAAGCUGGUGGAACUAGUCCGCAACCUGAUAACAACGAAGAUCAGUAACGGUAGAAGGCAUCCAUACAUACACCUUUUACUUCAGGUUAUCUCUUCUCUUAGGUUUACACUGUAUUUCGCAUUUGCUACUUGCGCUUUGGCAGGUUGUUUGUUUUGUUUGUUUAUUUGUCUUUCAUGUUUUAUUUUAGCAGUUUUGUGCAUUUAGGUUUGACUAAAUAUUUUUUAAUGGUCUUAAAUUUAGGGUGAAUUGCUAUGUUGUACUGCCUGUUGCAUGAUGAGACAUGUUUGAUUA